AAGACCAGCAACCAACAAUGGCUAAACCCAUCACUCAAAUUCUCGCAUCAAUUCUGCUGCUCUCCUUCUGCCGGAUCUCCACCGGCAAACCCAACACUGUCGUGAAAAGCAUGCUCUGCAACUCCAGCACCUACACCAAAGGCUACCAUUUCACCAUUAGCUUGGCCUACAUCCUUGGCCAAUUGGAGAGUGCCACGUUGUUGCGUCUUGGAUACGAUCUCGACAACAUCUCUCCCUACCGAACACCUUUCGCCUACGACCACGCCGCCUGCAACCAAACUCUGACGAGCUCGGACUGCGUCGCCUACCUCGCCGCAGCCAAAACCGCCAUGCUUGUUAGUUGCGACGGUCGGAUCGGCGCCCACGGUGAGCUCUACGAUUGCCUUGUUAGAUAUGAGCAGUACCCUUUCGAUGAUUGAUUUUCAUUAUUAUUUGGAAUUUAAUAAAAUCGUCUCUUAUCUGAAACAUGUUUGGGUA